AUGACAUCCGAAUGGCUUCGUCAAUUCAUGCAAGAGCGUGCAGCAGUGUUCCUUUUGGUUCUGGCUUGGAGCGUGGAGUUCCUUGUUGCUUGGAGCACGGGCUUUCAUUUGCUUGUUGCGCAGAUUGGGUGGAUGAGGCCGAUGCACUGGGCGGCGGGCAAUGGGCAGCGGCAGGCUGCCGAGGAGCUUCGAGACCUGGUUUGGCGAGCUGUGUCGAAAAGAGUGCUGGGUUGGCCGCCAAACGCGGCAGGUCAAAGCAGAGGUGGUUUCGUAUACAAAGGGAGCAUCUGCUUUCUCUCAAGACAUGGUGAUUUGGGGUGUAUUAUGUGUAUUCUAAGCAUCUCCGAACCUGACAAGUUCAGUGAGGCACCAAGCUAG